AAAAAAAUGUCAGGAAAAUCAAAAGCAUUUACAAAAGAAGAAGAACUUCUUCUUCAAGAUUUUUCAAGAAAUGUAUCAACAAAAUCUUCAGCUUUAUUUUACGGCAAUGCUUUUAUUGUUUCGGCAAUUCCCAUCUGGCUUUUUUGGAGAAUUCAUUUGAUCGAUAUCUAUGCCAAUUUAAUUUCCUUUGUUUUAGUCACAUUAGCGAGUACAUAUACUCUUGCUCUUGCAUACAAAAAUACAAAAUUCGUGUUAAAACAUAAGAUUGCAGUAAAAAGAGAAGAUGCAGUGACAAAGGAAAUGAGCAGAAAGUUAUCAGAAGAUAAAAAAAUGAGUAAAAAGGAAAAAGAUGAAAGAAUUUUAUGGAAAAAAAAUGAAGUAGCUGAUUAUGAAGCAACAACAUUUUCAAUUUUUUACAAUAAUGCCUUAUUUUUAGCUCUUGUAAUUGUAUGUUCUUUCUAUAUUCUAAAGACAUUUACACCAGCUGUGAAUUAUAUACUUUCUGUGGGUGCAAUGAGUGCAUUGUUAGCAUUAUUAUCGACUGGAUCUCAAUAAAAUAUAUGUUGUGGAAAUAUAUAUAUGGAAUGCAUAAUGGUAAUCAUUUAAAAUCAUCGAUACAUGUGUGAUUCUGCAAUUGUUUUUAUGAGUGAAUGAAUAAAUUUAAUAAAAUCGUUUUUAAUUAUAA